ACCAGUUCAGUAGCUCUCUGGCACACGUUUGGGAUUACUGCUGUUGUUUUGAGUGUGUGAGAGGAGGAAGAAGAGGAGCAGGAGGAAGGCGUCUGUAUUUGGUGCUCCCUCUCUUGCCCUCUUCCUCUCCUGGAGGGGGGUCUGAGGGCAGCGAGAAUGCAGAGGUAGAGAGAAGACCGAGGGGGAGAGAGUGAGAGGAGAAGUGGCACUGGGCUGCAGGUCACCACAUCAUGUCAAACCACGACCAACUAUGAGGUGCCUCCCACUCCUCAGCUGCCAUUAAAGCAUGUAGACACACCGGGAUCUACGAGGUCCUGUAAGAGUGUGGAGAUCAGGAGAAAGCAGUCCAGGAGUCAGAGUGUGGUCCCGGCCAUGGAGGAGAGCUAUGAGGUGGACCUGGUCUACAUCACAGAGAGGAUCAUCUCCGUCUCUUUCCCCGCCGCCGCCGAGGAGCUCAGCUACACCAACCACCUCAAGGAGGUGGCGACGAUGCUGCGCUCCAAACACGGCGAACAAUAUCUGAUGCUCAACCUGAGCGAGCGGAGGAAUGACUUGACAAACUUAAACCACAAGGUUCUGGAGUUCGGUUGGCCUGACCAUCAUGCACCAGCGCUGGACAAAAUCUGCAGCAUGUGCAAGGCCAUCGACACGUGGCUCAACGGAGACCCGCGCAACGUGGUGGUGCUGCACAACAAGGGGAACCGAGGUCGCACAGGCGUGGUGGUGGCAGCAUACAUGCACUACAGCAACAUAUCCGCAAGUGCUGACCAGGCGUUGGACAGGUUCGCCAUGAGGCGCUUCUACGAGGACAAAGCACUUCCUGUCGGCCAGCCGUCGCAGAAAAGGUACGUUCGUUACUUCAACGGCCUCCUGUCCGGACACAUCAAGAUCAACAACAAGCCCUUGUUCCUGCAUCACGUCAUCAUGCACGGCAUCCCCAACUUUGAGUCCAAAGGAGGCUGCCGUCCGUUCCUGAAGAUCUACCAGGCCAUGCAACCGGUCUACACGUCAGGAAUUUAUAACGUGCAGGGAGACAGCAACACCAGUAUCUGCAUCACUAUCGAGCCAGGGCUGCUGCUGAAGGGAGACAUCCUGCUGAAGUGUUACCACAAGCGCUACAGGAACCCGACCAGAGACGUGGUGUUCAGGGUGCAGUUCCACACCUGCGCCAUCCACGACCUCGGGGUGGUGUUCGGCAAGAACGAGCUGGACGAGACCUUCAAAGAUGAGAGGUUUCCAGAGUAUGGGAAGGUGGAGUUUGUUUUCUCCUAUGGACCAGAGAAAAUCAAAGGUAAAGGCCUGAGCCACCUGGAGAACGGACCGAGCGUCUCAGUGGACUACAACACCCAGGACUCUCUGAUCCGCUGGGACUCGUACGAGAACUUCAACCAACGCUGGGAGGACCCUGCGGACGGCGAGCAUG